AUGAGUCCUCUCUUUCCUCUGAAAAGUAUUAAUGCCAUUUAGCUAAAUCCCAGCUCCACCACCUGGGUGAUGGAAAUGAUCCUUGCCUUUGUGGGUGGACUGGUGCUCUUUAUACUAUUAAGCCCUUACCUCCAUAGUAAUGUAUUCUCGCUACCACCUUUGAAAAAUAGGAGUAUCAAAAAGAUAGAGAAGAGGUGUAGGAAGAAGAGCAGGAAGAAGAAGGGCAUUCUGAAAGCUUGUAGAGACUGCCGGAAGAAAGUGGAGGAAACACAACAACUGGCUUUAAUUCUGCAAAGCCACCUACGGAAGUUCCAUGAUAAAGUUAGAUUUCUUCAGCUGCUACAUGAAGAUGCCCCAGGUGAGGUAUUCAAACCAAGGCCUGUUGGAGCCCACCAGUCACCUAGGCAGAAUGUGGAGGAUUCUUCUUCUGCUACCCUGUCCCUGUUGGCUUCCCUGGUUCCUCUGACCAACAACCCUCUACCACUGGCCUCAUCCCUAUCGGAAUCUAAAGAAGACCAAUCUAGCUUGAAUACAAUCCCACUGGGCACUGUCCCAGAGGGCUCCCUUUCAGGUAACUCCUAUUGGGCAUCCCUGAUCACGGCCAUCUCAGGACUUGACUGCAUAAGCUAUUUCAUUCUGUUUUUCUCCUGGUGGUGGACAACUACCAAGGCCUUAUUUUUCUCCACUUGGACAUAUGGUAAAUCCCAAAAAGAAAAACAUCUUUCACACCAUCCACCAGACCCCACACUCUGGGGAGACCCCACACACCAGCAAGUAGAGGCUAAGGGUCUCUCUUUCAUCAACCCUGAUGUCCAGAAACUACUGGAGAUGCUAAUCACCAAAAGAGCAGAACUAAAAAUGUGGAAGGAAAAUGCUAAAAAUGGAUCUUCUUUCAAACCAAUGACCCCAGACCACUACCUGGAUUCUCUGGGGAAAAUGCUGAAGUCACUGGGUGGCAAGAGACACACCACGGCACAACGCUUCUGGAACACAAAAGGGAAACCAGAGCAGCUUCCUGGUUCUCAAAACUUCUCUUACCACAAGGCCUUGGGGGACCCUUUAGAGCAUAAACGCAGCCAGCUGUUCUGGGGCCUGCCCUCUCUGCACAGUGAGUCCCUGGUGGCUACUGCCUGGGUCCCUAAGAGGUCUUCCUCUGCACGAUCUAAACCUGUUACAUUUAACGAAGUCUCUGACUCUUCACUAGUUCAACCUCAGGCUGAAGAAUCUCCACAGAUUUCCCAGGACCAGCCCUUGCCCAACUGUGUGACCCAACCCCAAUGCUUAACACAAACAUUGCCCCCAUCUGUGGCUCAGGUCCAGAACAACACCCAGCUCACAUCCUCUCUCCAAAACCUACCACCUUCUUCUCCACCCCAGAAUAGGACCCAUAGAACAAUUUGCCCUACAUCCCAGGAGGAGGUAUGGCCUCUCAUCCCAACUGAAAAUCAGCAUGUGGAACGGCCCCCACAGAAACAACAGAAACAUAGGAAGGUUUUACCCUCUUCACUUCAAAAGUCUCAGGAAGCAAAGAGCCAAUCCACUCUCAAACAUCACCAGGGCAGUCGCCCCUCCCUGAUCCCCAAGUCUGCCCCCAACCUUCCUGGGGAUUCUAAGAGCACCAAGUUCCAUGAGCGAUCAGAGCAACACAGACUAGAGAGGUUCAUUACACAUGAACACCAGGCUGGCCCUCCCUGCAGAUUACCAGCAUCCCAGGACUUCACACAGACUCAGGGCAAAUUCCCAAGGAAGUGCUGUGGGUGCCAGACAAAAGAUAAGCAUGGCCACUUCCUGACUGCCCAGCCUGCUGAACUUGCUUAUGAAAGUAGAAAAGGUGUGCAGAAGGUGAAGUCCACAUGCUCUGGAAGAUUCCUUAAGGGCCCAGAGCAAGACAUAAAGAGGAGGGACCCUGAAGAUCUACCCUGGAAGUCAAGAAGCACCCCAGUAAAGGUUCUGGAAGGUGAAAAGGAGGAUUUUGAAAGUGACUUGAUGAGGCCAGGGAAGUGUGACUCAGGAAGUGACUUAUCUACAGGCUUAAACAAGAAACUUCUGGAAAAAAUCCUCCACGACCAUCUGAGCAAAAAGUUGGUACAGAUAAAUGAGGGCAUAAUCCCUGUGUAUGUGCGUGGAUCCUGGCUUGCUGCCAACUAUACUUUUCCCAAGUCCAACACCCACAAAAAACAUAUCAAUCUAGCAUUCUCCAAGGAUCAGCAAUCCCGAGUGAACACAUCCCAGAAUCUUUUCUUCCUUGAUCCAGGAACUCACCUGAUGCUAGAAACAGAUAUUAUGAGGUCUCGGGUGAGACACAGGUGGAGUCCACAACUCCAAGCCCUUGAUCCCAUGAAUCACAGCUUUGGUGAGAGACCACCCUUGCCCCUUCCACUAUCGGCCUCUCCCUUGGACUCCUGUGACUCCAGGGCCAACUCCAUUUCCAAGGUUGCCAGUUUCCCAGAAGAACUUCCUUGGAAAGGUCCAGAAGAGAAGGUGGUAAAAAAAAUGUCAGUUCCCACCCUGCAGAGUCCCCUCCCUGAUCCCUCACCUGCAGAGAGGCAGAAGGCCUGGAGAGGAACCCCACUGGGUGGCAGCCAUGAGCCCUCAGUGGUCCCUCCAACUAACCAGGAGGACCACCUGCCUUCUCAGCCUCACAAUUACAGUCUCCCUGGCAGAACCCAAAAUGGCAGGAUUAUCAUGGGAACUGCGAGAGGCAGCCUCAAGCCCAGUCCAAGCUUGGCAAAGGCCAGGUGUGAACCAUGGGAGGAGAGAGGAGGUAUGGUCUCAGGAGACCCAUGCUGUGGUACAGCAAUGCUGGAAAUCAAACUACAGUCCCAGUCUUCAAGAUCUGAAGAGACCAGGAGGACAGAGGUAGAGAAGGAGGAGCCUCCUAAAUGGGAAGUGACAGUCUCUCCCCUUCCUGCCAGAGAGAUGUCAGACCCUCCAGAAAGCUACACUGAGAAAAGGAAGCAUCACUUUCUGCAGUCUCUAUGCCCCAGUAAAAAAGGCAUAGGGCAGGAAGAUUCCUUGGAAAAAGUCAAACCACUGUCAUCCACUGCCCAGACCCAGGGAUCAGUCAUAAGCAAAGUGUUAACAGACAAUGGGACGGCUAAAGCCCAGAACAUCAUGACAGCUGUUCAACAGAUCCUGGUGGACAAGCUGGGGCAUCAGCAUGGAGGUGGUCUACCAGAAUUAAACUGA